CCCUCGGAGCUCCCGGGGCCCGGCGGGCGGCCCCGCGGCCGCGCGCCGUGCCUGGGCUGGCGGCCCGCGUGCGCGCCGGCGGGCCGCGCACCCGGACGGGGGCGAAGGAAGCAGGCCCCCCCUGGCGGCGCCUCCGGCGCCGCCCGUGGCGCGAUCCGCCUCCAGUGCCGGGCGCCGACCCAAGACAUCCGCGCGGACAUCUCGAAACUGUACGCUGAAGCGUUCGCUUUUUCCCCCCGCGUUUCCCCAGAUGGACGACGGGGUGGUCGUGGAGUUGACGAACCACCUGGUCGUGCAGGUGACCUCAAUAGCCGUUUGCCUCCUGCUGGGGAAGAAGCUAUGCCCCAACCACGAGGACCCGUGGUACGUGGCCGACUUACUAGUCUCGCUGGUUGUUUUUCCUCUGCUCGCGGUCGCAGCUAUUGGCAGCGUGCUGGAUCUGCGCCAUACAGUAACCUCGCGUUGGACAGGUGUCACGCCCGGAACCCGAUUCUUUCUGCUGUUGUACAUCGCGCGUUGUUUGGUGCACAUGCCCGUGCAGGCCAUGGAGAAGAUGAGCCCGAAGCUCCUUAUCAUGAUGACCGUCCACCAUGCGGUUAGCAUCACGUGUUUCGGAAGUGGCCUCUUGACGGGCCGCAUGCACUUCUGGGGCUGCCUUGACGGUUGCUGCGAGGUGUCCACCGUCUUCCUGAAUUUUAUGUAUUGUGGCAAGCAGUUCUCCAUCCAAGACAGGAGGUUGGAGGAUUUGUUUCCCAAGGUUUUCGCAGUGAACGGGCUUGGCCUCUGGCUGUCCUUCGUUAUUUUCCGAAUCAUGCUCUUCCCAGCGUGGCUCUACUAUUGGUACCAGGACGUGGUCACGCACCCCGAGCUGACGUGGACCCCGUGCUCGCCCAUGGAGCGAUACAUCUACCCCUCGGUGACGGUCAUGCUGCUGGUGCUCUCGGCCAUGUGGUUCGUGCCGCUGACGAAGGGCGUGCGCAAGGUGGUCCUCGUCCUGCGCGGCCUCGGCCCCCCCGAGCAGGAGGCGGCCGACGACGAGGGCUUCGUGAAGCUGAACGACAAGGAGUGA